AUGUCCUCAUUCAUCAAUUUUAGCGUAAUCGGCGUUGUCCAAAUGGUAAAUAAGCACGAAGGUGUGUUCACCAAAGCCGACGAGGACAGUUUUGAGGUCUUUGCUGUGUAUUGUGGUUUAGCACUACAUCAUGCUAAGUUAUAUGACAAAAUAAGAAGAUCGGAACAGAAAUAUCGAGUUGCGUUGGAAGUUCUUGCUUACCACAGCGUUUGUAAUAAAGACGAGGUGGCAAAACUGCAGAAAAUGGAAAUUAAAGAGCGAGUUGAGGAGUUGGAAACGUGGAAAUAUCGAGUCGCCCUGGAAGUUCUUGCAUACCAUAGCGUUUGUAAUAAAGACGAGGUGGCAAAACUGCAGAAAAUGGAAAUUAAAGAGAGGGUUGAGGAGCUGGAAACGUGGGUUUUUGCGAGGUAUCUCAGAUUACCGAAGGAUCUAACAGAAACAUUUAGAUUUGAGUUCAACUACCUCCGCAUGUCAGAAUUGGAGAAGCCAUUGUAUGCAAUCUCCAUGUUUAGAACAUUGUUCCAAGAUCAAUUUCGCUAUGAUCGUGACGAUUUGAUCCGAUUUGUGCUCACAGUGCGAAAGAACUACAGAAGGGUUGCAUACCACAAUUGGGCACAUGGAUGGUCUGUAGCUCAUGCCAUGUUCGUUCUACUUAUGCACACAUCUCGUGACAUUUUCAACACUCAUGAGGCAUUAGCCUUAUACGUUUCCUGCUUAUGUCACGACCUUGAUCAUCGUGGCAAGAAUAAUGCAUAUAUGAAAACGAUGAUGACACCUCUUGCGAGCAUUUACACAACUUCAGUGAUGGAACACCAUCAUUUCAAUCAGACUGUUACUAUACUUCAGCAGGAUGGGCACAAUAUCCUGAAAAGCAUGACCUCAUCAGAAUACAAGCAAGCUCUUUCACUUAUCAAGCAUUGUAUCUUGGCGACAGAUCUCGCUUUGUUCUUCACUAACAAGGCGGAACUUAACAAAAUUAUUGAUUCUGGGAACUACGACAUUCAUCAUGAACAUCAUCGGAGGUUGACGCAAGCAAUCUUGAUGACCGGUUGCGAUUUGAUAGCCUCUGCGAAACCUUGGUAUAUACAGACAGAAACGGUGAAGGUCAUAUUCGAGGAGUUUUACGAGCAG